AUGCGGCGGACACUACGACUCCUCGCAGGCGUCAAGCCGGCCCGCUACCUCGAGGCCGGCAACCCGACCGGCCUCACCGGCGUCUACACCCACAACUCGCCGCGCUCGACCCUGCUGUACCUCUACAACACCACCCUCGACAAGCUCAAGGCCGCCCCCGAGUCCUCGCUGUACCGCCAGUCCAUCGAGGCCCUGACCAAGCACCGCAUGGCAAUUGUCGCCGCCGCCGAGCCGCCCGGAUACAAGGAGUGGCAGGAGCGCGCCAGCAACAUCCUGAAGGAGAACCCCGACGGCUUCAAGGUCCAGUCCGAGGCCGCCACCGACGGCGCCAAGGCCCAGAUUGUCAAGCGCGGCAACGGAGUCUACCUGAUCCGCACAGAUCCCCCCAAGAAGGACGAGAGAUACGAGGAGUGGGACGGCGAGGUCGAUGAGGGUGGUGAGCUCGAGGGACUUCGCACCGAGGCCGAGCGCCAGGACCUGGAGCUUCUGUUCACAAGAACUCCGGUCGAGAUCUCCAAGAAGAUCCAGUGGGAGCCGGAGCCGCAAAUCACGGCCGACCAGGUCGAGGAAAUCGAGCAGAAGAUUGGUGCUGGUUUGAUCGAGGAGGUCGUGCAGAUGGCCGAGAGCGAGCUCAAGUUGGUCGACGUCAUGCUCCAGAGCAAGCCCUGGGAGGAGCUGGAAGAGAAGCCCGCUGAGGGACAGUGGACCUACUUCGACCGCACCUCGGCAUAG